AAUGAGACUAGAACAGAGCAAACCAAACCGAAUCGAACCAAACCGGCCAGAGAGGGCAGGGCCAACGGCGCCAGGCGUGCGCCUUUGCUCUGUCCGUCCAGACCCGGAUGGGGGCCCAACUAGGGACAGAGGCGGGGAAGUGGAGACACUGGGAGGACGAGUGGAGUAGGCCACCUAAAGAGCCGCUCACCGUCGUCGGGCAGGGCCUGGGAAGGGCAAAGCUCUGGACCCCGGGCGGGCGGGACGACAAGGGACCCCCGGGCUCCCACACUAUGAAAGUGAAGAGAGUGCCUUUUCCUGUCGGCCCCCCGAGAGCGGGUAACCGAGCCGCCGGAGAACCGGCCGCUAGGGCUCGUCCGGCGACUGAGGAGGUUAAGCGGCUCAGGGCUGGACGUGCCGGGACCCGGGCGGGAUGCGAGCGCCGGGGUUGCUGGGCCCCGCCAAGAGCCGCAGAGACCAGCCCGGAGAAACUGGAAAAACCCUCCGCACUGGGACGCCGUUUCCGCGUGUCGCCAGCCCCAGACCGUAGGCCUCUUUCCCUGGCGGUCUCCGCAAAGGUGCACCGUGACUUUGGGGAGGAACAUUUGGUUGCCGAGUUUGUCAAGUUGGCUGAGGACUCCAGUAAUUCCCUUCAACCGGAUCUUAGUUUCAUAAAUUUUCUCAAGCCAGAGAAGCUAACAAAGGCAGAGAAGAGGUUUAAAGAAAAGGCAGUAGUGGAAAUGAUGAAGCUAGACAAGCAAAUCAAAGAAACUCAAAUCCGACUAGAACCGUUAGUGGAGGAAACCAGGCAGCUGCUGGCGGAAAACGUACGUGUCGAGGAGGAAAACCAGUUCUUUCUGGAAUACCUGACCAAGCAAACAAAGGAGUCUAGACAGCGAACCGAGAAGCUGUGGAACUACUAUUUACAACAAAGUGGGCAGAUUGAACAAAGGAGACAAGAAUUAACCUCCAAAUAUGCGGAAAAAAAUUCAGCGCUUAAAACAGAGCUCUUGCAGAAAGAAAAGAUCCUAUCCAAUUUGAAUAAGCAGUUGGAGGCAAUGAGGGACAUUUCGAUAGUAAAGGAGAAACAGGAGAGAGAAAUUCAGACACUACAGCAGGAGAUAAAGAAAACCCACGCUGAGACAGCUGCAAAGAAACAGGCCAUGCUGGUCCAGUUCUUCCAGGAUAAAGCAUUACUGGAGGCACAACUGAGUGAGCUAGAUGCAAGGCAGUUGGGAAAAAGACCAACAAAGGAGCUGAACAGCAAGAACAAGGCCUUGGAGAGGGCAGCAAAGCAGUACACUUCCGAGUUCCACAGUAGCAUCGACAGACAGCACCAGCAGUUACAGAAGGAACUACCACAGCUAAUUCAGAAAUGCCAGAAGUUGGAGGCUACUCACAGCCGUUUAAAAAAGAAGCAGCUGCAGCUGCAGCAGGAGCAGUGGUACCUAGAUUGCUUAAGCCGGGGGAGGCAACGGCUGCAAGAAAGGCGUAAUCCGUGCCCAAAAGGACAAGGUGCUCCAAAGACCACACUGAACCCUGCCCUAGGCACCAAAUCAAGGACGCAUCCAAAGUAA